UGUCGGAGUUUCUCUUCCGGUGUGACGUCACAUCAAGAUGGCGCCGUCCACGAAGAAACAUGCGAGCGUCCAGCCGUGUAUCAUCCCAGGGGGGUUUACAGUUCUAUCCAUACAGUUUGACUCUGACAGCUCUGCACAGCACAAGCUUUACAUUAAAGAGCACAAAGUCCGAGCAGAGAAGAGCUCCCACAGACCUCUGGACCGGACCCUGUUUGUGCUCAACAUCCCUCCUUACUGCUCAGAGGCUGUGAUCACAGAAUUGUUCUCACAGUUUGGAAGUGUUGAGUCUGUGGAGCUCAGAGACCAGCCGGGCUCCUCUCAUGAGUCUGGACCCAAGCUGUCCAAGUUCUUCAGACCAGCUUCUAAACAGGGUUUCAAAGUGGGCUACAUCGUGUUCAGUCAGACCUCCGGUGUAACAGCAGCUAAAAAACACUCACAUGAUGUUCCUCUGGUGGUUUCUACAGAGCAGCGUCCAGUGAUGACAGGAGUACAGAAGUGGAUUCAGACGUACAGAGAGUCUUUAAUUCAUCCGGACAAACUGCAACAGAAAGUCGACUCCUUCAUGGAGGGCCACGACAAGCGGAAAGAAGAGGAGGCGCAGCGGCAGAAGAAGGAGGCCGAGCAGCAGCAGGAGGACGAGGAGGGCUGGGUGAAGGUCACAAGAGGACAGAAGGGCACGAAGGCCCGCCCCCACAGCGAGGCAGCCAAUAAGAGGACUCUACAGAAAGAGACGAACAAGAAGAAGAGGAAGGAGCUCAUGAACUUCUACACCUGGCAGCACAGGAACACGCAGAAAGAACAUAUCGCCGAGCUGAGGAAGAAGUUCGAGGAGGACAAACAGAGGAUAGCUCUGCUGAGGGCGCAGAGGAAGUUCAGACCGUACUGAAUCUGGUUUCAUAGAUAUUAUUGUAAACAUGUGAAUUUAUGUGUCAUUAAACUGUUACUCUGAUGGA